AUCGUCAAGCUUCCUGAAGUACCGGCGGCUGAGUUAGUUUCGCUAAGCAUAAAAAAAAGAAUGUCUUUUGGUUUUAAUGAUGACUAAUUUAUUUGAUCGGAUAUGAAUAUGAUAAUGACGAAUAGUGAUUCAGUUCAAGAGAGAAGUCAAUUGUCGGACGACAUAAUGAGGUUUUGCCAUAAAUAAUUUAGACGAGCUCAAGUAACUGUUUUGUAAUCUCGAGCUCUGUGAUUCAAACCAGUUCUUAUUAUUUUACUCAUUUAAAUAUAUAGUUGGUUAUCUUUAUUAAACUCUUUACUGUUGAAGCCUUGCGUGACAGUGUUUAAACUCCACGGACUGUGCAGAUAUGGGAUAACACACAGCAGUAAUCGGAUUAAUCGGUUGUUUGAAUGCUGACAUGGAUCAGAACAGUCGAGAGACUCGGAACAGUGGAGGAGGUGAAGAUAUGUGAUCCAUCCAUCCUCCCUCAAUGUCUUGAUCAGACGGAUGUUGCUUAUUCAGACAGUGAUGUCCCAUCAGAAAACCACACAGACUUCAUCACAGAGGGUAACCAUUGUGUGAACGAAGAUCACAGGAUGUCUUCAGACCCAGAGGGGAUCUUGGAGUCAGAGUCAGCAGACCUUACAUCAGAGGAGAACACUCAACCACAAGAACAUUUAACAGAUAUUCAGAAGCUACAUAUUGUUGAUUAUGACAGGUCUUUGGGUGCUGGCAGUUCGGAGACUGAUUCUGGCAAAGCAUCUGAGGACUCUGCCCUAGUGGACAGUGGCCAUGAUGACUCGGGCGAGUUUGUUGUAACUGUGUUAGCCCGGGGUAAAGUGGAGGAGCAGGGAAUGGGGAUGAAAGGGGCCUCAUCCCCUCUUUCCGAGACCGGCACACCUCUUGGACCUCCCUCGCACAGGAAUGAGGAUGUGACAGCGGAUAGAUGGAGACAACACAGGAAGCAUGUGUUUGUGCUGAGUGAGGCUGGGAAGCCCAUCUACUCUCGAUAUGGUAGCGAGGAGGCCCUGUCUUCCACCAUGGGAGUGAUGAUGGCUCUUGUUUCCUUUGUUCAGAGUGGAGAUAAUAUCAUUCGCUCAGUUUAUUCGGAUGAACAUACGGUUGUGUUCAUGCAGAGAGGUCCUCUGGUGCUGGUGGCCGUCUCCUGCAGCCGCCAGUCAGAGCAGCAGCUCCGUCACGAGCUGCUCUACGUCUAUAACCAGAUCGUCAGCAUGCUCACGCAGGCCAGCAUCACCCGCAUCUUUGAGCACAAGAAGAACUACGACCUGCGCCGUCUACUGGUUGGCUCGGAGAAGAUUCUCGAUGGUCUCCUGAACCUCUUGGACUCGGACCCCAGCUUCUUACUCUCCGCUGUGCACUGUCUCCCCCUGGCCUCGUCUCUCAGGGACUCCCUCAGCCAGAUCCUCCUAAAGGCCAUCACGCCCAACCUGGUCUUCUCCAUCCUCAUAGCCAAGAACCAGCUGCUCACCAUAGUCCAAGAGAAGAUGGUCAUUGAAGAUGCCAGACUGGACCCUGCUGACCUCCACCUUCUGCUUAAUCUCAUCGGGGCCUCUUCUGCCUUCCAGGCCGGGGAGAUCUGGACGCCCAUCUGUCUGCCCAGUUUUAACCCUGACUGUUACUUUUAUGCAUACAUUUCCUAUCUGGACCCUCCAGAAUGUACUGUGUGUCUGGUUCUUCUCUCCACUGAUAAAGAGGCAUUUUAUUCCAUGGCUGAGUGUAAGAGGAAGAUCGAGGAGGCGAUGCAAGCGCAGAAUGCACUGAACUCCAUAGCGAAAGCUCACUCGUACAGUGUUAGUCAGGUGGGAGUUUCUGAUCUCAGGCAUUUCAUGUACAAGCCCUUUGAUGUGCCAGACAACCAUCGACAACUAACACAGUUCACCAGCCCUGAAAUGGAAGCCCCUUACAGCAGUGAGGAGGAGAGAAUGAGACUUCUAGACCUGUACAGAGACCUGCACGGCCGUAUCCACAGUACCUCACGCCCCCUAAAGCUCAUCUAUCACGUGGCUGAACGUGAGACUCUGCUGGCUUGGGUCACAAGCAAAUUUGAAUUGUACACCUGCUUCAGUCCUCUUGUCACAAAAACCUGUGCCAUUAACGCCAUCACCAAACUGCUGCGCUGGAUUAAGAAAGAGGAGGAGCGUCUAUUUAUUCGAUACCCUCCGAAGUACUCCACCACCCCCAACCCCAGCAAAAGCUCUAAAGGAGAUGCACACUCAUAGACUGACCCACCUGCGAUAUGACCACUCAAAUGGCUGCAAUCCCUGCAUUUACACUUAGCAACUCUGUUUAGUAGUACAAUGGUGUUGAGUUAACCAAAUGAUACCAAUCCAGAGUCGGUUCAUAAUUUGAUACAUCAUGCUGCUGUUUUUUUAUUUUGUUUGUUUUGUUUUUUCCUGUUUGAUAGACAUGUCCUGCACUGGAUCAUUAGAAUAAAUAUCACAUUUUGAAGAAAGUGAUGAGUUCAUUUUUACAGAAACCGAAAAGUUUCUGCAAAGCCUUGCAUCCUCACAAAAAACAUUCAAGCAUUACGUAAGAAAAGACUCAAUAAAAUGUGGAUUUUUUUCCCAGUCUUACACAGAGUUGAUGGCAUUGACUGUGUCAAUGGAGCUAUAGUUGAAUUGUUUUACUUCACUGUAAAAUAUUUUUUUAGUUUAAUUACAUAUAGAUUAGAAAAUGUUUGUUAGGCUAGGAAAUUAAAUAUUUGUUGAAUUGGUCUCCCUAUAUGAAAAUCAAGAGGCAAGCUAUUUAUUAUGGCUUGAACAGUUGUUCUGAUUAUGUCUUAUUUAGCAUGCAUACAUAGGCUGUGCAAACCUUUACAUUGCACCCCUUUCAGUUGUUCUUAUGUACUUUGUGAUUUAUUCUUUUGGCGUUUUAUAUUUGAAACCAAACAGACCAAACCUUGCUUCAUUUUAAUAAAAAAACUAUUUUGACAAGCUGCAAUUUAUCAGUACACUUUGAAGAGGAUGACAGUUCUUUUAUCUCAGUUCUUUAACAAAAUCUACUUUACUAUGACUUUUUUUUUCUCUCUCUCUCUUUGGUUUCCUCUUCGACUUUCCGGUCUAUUUUGACAUUUACUCUUUUUGGCAUGUGCAAACCAUUAUGACAUCCUCAUAUUGUAAAAGAAAAAUCAGGACACUGUAGUAUCUGAGUUUUAAACCACUGGACAUAAUAGUAAAAACUGUGCAAUGUAAAAUAUUUGGAGAAAUAUAUUCUUGCUAUUUUCUCAAGGUUCUUUUUCUGGAAAAUGGAUUUGUUCAAAACAAUGUUAUUCAGAGGAAUAAUAUAUUGGUGCUGUAAUAAAUCUCUGAAGUUGCUCAAAUUA